ACAGCCUCACACCAUUUUCCACCAAGCAAUAUUGCAUACAUUUGCAUUCAUCACUACACAUAAAUCCAAAACCCUUCAAUUAGUGACACUUCCCUUUGAAAAAUGGCUAAGCUAGCACCAUGUGUGGUUCUCAUGUUGUGCAUGGCUAUAGUGGGUGCACCCAUCGCCAAAGCUGCCAUCCAAUGUUCCUUUGUCACAAAGAGUAUAGCUCCAUGCUUUGGUUACCUCAAAAGCGGAGGAACUGUUUCCGGACCAUGUUGUAGUGGCAUCCAGAACAUCAAUGGCACUGCCAAGACCACCUCUGACCGUCAAGCAGUUUGUAACUGCUUGAAAUCGGCCGCGGCUAGUCUUGGCAGCCAAAUUAACCCUAACAAUGCUGCCUCUCUCCCUGGCAAAUGUGGUGUUAGCAUUCCCUAUAAGAUUAGCACCUCUAUCAACUGUUCUAGCAUCAAGUGAAGAAAAUUCGGACGGUGAUGAUGAAUCGAGAAACAAUAAUUAUGCUAUUAGAGCAAGAGUUAUAGUCUACUCUUUAUUUGUGUUUAUUUGGAAACACUGUUAUGUGUUUCUAUUGAAGUUAUAUUAUGAUGCUUUCAAAUAAAAUAAGGGAGUUUAUUGCUUGAAUCGCAGUCACUCCCCAUAUAUAAUAUUAGCUGGGUUUUUUUUUUUCGAAGGUUUAGUAUAGUGUUCAUGUUAUUACGCAUCUACUGUACUGAGUAACGGAGAUUAUAUCACACUAUGAUAUGGAUUAUCCCAAAUGAAAUUAAAUUUGUCAUAUA